AUGCGCUACCACGAGACCGCAACUCUGGGCCUGUUCCAAGCAGGCCUGGCCACGGCAUUGACCUAUGCCAGCAACCAGGUUGAGGUGAUCCCGGAUACCGAGCAGGUCGCUGCCAACUUCCCCGAGGUCGAGGGUGUCGAGCUCUUCUCUCCUGCAUUCGCAACUCCGGACAGUGUGCCCGCCACUUUUGCCAAUGGUACCAGCGGACCGACCGACCAGGCGACUCUGGACUACUACCUCCAGACUCUCGCGGCCCGCAACGAGUGGAUGACCUACCACAACCCAGACUUCAAGUCCGAAGAAGGCCGUACGAUUCCCUACGUGUACCUCUCAAACUCCAAGCGCAUCCCCGAGAACAGCCUUGGCAGCCAUGCGAAUUCGACCGCGGGCAAGGUGCGCAUCUGGAUGCAAGGCGGCGUCCACGGCAACGAGCCAGGCGGCGACCAGGCCCUCCUCGCACUCCUCGGCAGGUUCGAUGCCAACGCAACGUGGGCGGCUUCGAUCCUUGAAAAGGUCGACAUCAUGAUGCUUCCCCGUUACAACCCCGACGGCGUAGCAUACUUCCAGCGCUACCUCGCGACGAACUUCGACCCGAACCGCGACCACACUAAGCUUGCGCGUCAACAAACUCGCGAUAUCAAGAAGCUCGUCAUGGGCUUCGCGCCGCACGUGGGUGUCGAUUGUCACGAGUACAGCCCGACCCAGCCGUGGGGUGCCCAGGAGCAGUGGAUCGAUGCGCAGGAUGGCCAGUUUUCGGCGAUGAAGAACGCGAACAUCCACGCCGAUAUCCGCAACAUCUCGGAAGCCGUCUUCGCGAAUGCCAUUGCGGCAGCCAUGGAGCGCAGGGGACUGCGGUGGGGUCCCUACGUCGUCGGAUCCGACGGAACGGAUGAGAUUGUGAUGGAGGAGACGACGGGCGACGCCAAGAUCGGUGACAGCUCUGUUGCGUUGAGCCAGGCCAUCAUGUUCUUGACCGAAACUCGCGGUAUCGGCUUGGCCGAUCAGCACUUCCAGCGCCGUACGGCCACAGGCCUCACGAUGGUUCAGACCAUCGUCCAGACUGCUGCUGAUCAUGCCGAGGAGGUCUACCAGACAGUGGAGAAUGCUCGCACCAAGUUCAUCGAGAGCACCGAGGACAUCAUCAUUACCGAGUCUUCCCGCCCGACAAAUAUCUCUUGGCAGUUCAUCGAGUCUACUACCGGAAACCUCGUCGAUAUCCCUGUCCAGUUCCUCAACACCACGCCAGUCGUCGCCAACCUUACCCGCGCGCGUCCUGAGGCGUAUGUCUUCUCCAGAGCCUGGGCUGAUGUCGCCGAGCGUCUUCGCGUUGCCGGAGUUACUGUUCAGACGCUCGAAUAUGACUUCCAGGGCGAGGUUGAAGCACUCAACACUACUAGAGUCGCCGUCGCUGCCACUAAGUACGAGGGUGUAGCCAGGUCCACUGUCGAGACUGCUAUCGUCAAGAAAGAUGUACGUAUCCCGGCUGGAGGCUUCUGGGUUAGCACCAGACAGAAGAACGCCGCUCAUGCGUUUGUCACUCUGGAGCCGGAAGGCAUUGACUCAUACGCCACUUUCAACAUACUUCCCGUUUCCGUUGGCGACGAGUACCCCGUCUACCGGGUUAUGGCAUGA